UGAAGAAUAAUGGCUGUGGCUUGUGUUAUUGAAAAGCAAGAAUUUAUUAGUUUUGAUCGUUGAAUAAUGGAAUGAUAACUUAUUAAUUAUUAUUAAUAUUUGAAAUGGUCAUUCUUGUCUAAUAUCAUUAAUGUACUGUACACAAUGUCAUUAAGAUGCAGGAGAAUACACCAGAUAAUUCCUCGGCCACGCCUGCACUCAAUACUCAAAGAAACAUAAGACAGUCACCUAGAGUCAAAAAACCCAAAAUAAUCUCUUCAUUUACGAAAGAUGGAACCUUGACGUCUGUUAGUAGUGGGCAAACUAAAACAAAUGGACACACAGAAAAAGCUUCAGGUAGUGGGAAUAAGGUCAACAAUCAUGCAAGUAAUGGACCAUCACAGUCUGGUAGUACUAGACUACAGGGCUCACCACCUAAAACAUUACAAGAAAAGUUAGCUGCCACACCAGGCUUCAGUAUGAAGCCCCGAAGAAGAGGUAACAAAAGAAAAAGUUUUAAUGCUCAACUAGCAGAAACAAAAGAAGGGGCCAUUGAUUUAACUCCAGAUUCAUUCUUAGUCAAUAUAAAUCUAAAGUCGAUCAUUGACUCCAAUACAUUUGCUCGCCUUCCACCACAGUAUCAACAGAAUCUUAUAGCCAACUUACCCGAGUGUGAUAAACUAGACGAUGAUGAAAAUAAUCUUAGAAUGAGUAGUACAGCAUUAAACAAUGAGUUUUUUGCCAAGGCAUGUCAAGAAUGGAGAGAAAGGUUAUCUGAUGCUGAAUUUACACCAGAAAACCAACAGAGAUUAAAACAAGAACAGGAGAAAGAAUUAAUGAAGUUAGAUCCUUGGAAGGCAAAACAUUUUGAACCAGUAUGGGGACAGAGAAGUAUGGUUGACGUACCUAAAGCAACAGGGCCAUCACCUUUACCUAAGCUAACUCUACCAGUUCCUCAAGUUAAACCUAAACCUAAUAGAUCCAGUAUGCUGGUAUCACAAAUGUUACGCAAGAGAGAUGUGUCUAGAACAGUGGCUGCUAAACUUCAAGCUUCGACCUCAUCAAGUGCCUGUCUAAAUACUAAUAACAGUAGUAUAAGUCUUAGUAUGCCCGUCACAUCAGGACUUUUAACUAUGACAACAUCACAGACGUCUACCUCGCACACGGAUAAAACAGUCACGUCAGCUCCGCAGAUUAAAACAGAGGUCAAAGUUGAAGCUAGUUCUGAUUCUGGAAGUCCUGUUCCUGUUAAGAAACAAAAAGUAGUUAUUCCUGGGCAACCGGUCCAAGCUCAGGCAAAGACAUUGGCACAAAUACGAGCCCAAACUCAAGCGGCGAGGUUACAAAAGAGUGGAGGUAGUGUUAUUCAGUCACAACUAGCGGCAGGAUUACAAACAUCGCAAGCUAAAGUUUUAAAUACAGCAACUGUAUCUGCUAGUUUUAGAUUAGGCGGUCAAACCAGGACAUUGGCGCAAUAUAAAGCCCAAACACCAGCCGUUAAAUCGAUAGUAAAUGUUAUUCCUGUACCUCAGACCAACGUCUCUCAACAAACGGUGAUGCGAAGUUUGUUGACAGACCCCAAUCCACCUCACAACAAAGCAGGUGGUCAAACUAGAACUCUUGCUCAAAUCAAAGCUAGAACCAAACAGGCUCAGAUGAAAGCAGCUCAAUGUGUGAAACCUGUUCCCCCACCAGCUAAAUUAUCGCCAGAAAGCUUUGUUCCAAAAUCCCCAGAUAUCCCUCAAGCUUCUGUUUCGGUGGCCCCUACAAAACCUCAGACUAUUAUUAUAUCACCAGCGAAAGGUCGUCCACCAUCGCACAGUGCUGUCAUUAGUGAACAACAAAAACUUGCAAAUUUACAACGUUCACAUGAAAUUUGUAAAGCCGAGUUUGAGAAAAGUCGUAUCAAACAGGAAUCUCCAACAUCAAAUAUGUCUAAAUUAGUAACGGCGAGUACAACUACAACAACAUCAGUACCCCCAGCUACUAGUGAGGCAAUAUCACCAGUAAAAACUAUUCCGAAAGUUGUUACGACAACACCAACUAAAGAUCCUACGAAACAAAAGAUUCUUAUAGUCACGUCAAAUACAAACAGUUUAUCGCAACCGAAUACUAAUACAGUUUAUCUAGUGAAUGCACCAGUGAGUAGUAUAUCAAGUGUUGGGGUCGGUGCAAAUCAGUUCGUUGACAGUAAUGCAACGACGAGAAGAAUAAUAACAAUACCCGCCCCAAGAACUGAUGUGAUAACUUCCACUAAUUCUCAGGGAAUAGGACAGAUAAUUACUUCGGAUGCUGUCCGUGCAAUUUUAGCUAAUACCCCUCCUCGUGCAUCUAGUGCUCCCCCAAAUCAUGUAAACCGACCGUCUGAUGUAAUAACGAUAGUUCGAUCAGCAAGUGUAGAUACCACGAAUACUAAUAAUAAUCCAACCAGUAAUAAUCAACCAACCCCUAAUCAAGAGGAAAUCAGCUUGAACUUAAAUCCUGAACAGCUGAAUUUUUUAUCCAAAGCUGGCACUGUUAUUCCAGUAGGUCGUAAUGGGUCUCAGAUGAAAGUUAUCACACGACCGUCAGUAACUGUGGUUGAACCUAAUCAGUCACAGUCAGUUGUCCAGGGCACUUUUAGCGUGAAAGGUACCCCUACAACGAUGGAAAGCAGUGUCCUAGCCAAUGGAAAUAAAUUAUUAACCGAGACCCAAGUUGCCAAUCUGUUGGCUAGACCGGUGUUGUCAUCGUCUUCAAACAUACAGAAUGUUCAAAUGCUGACGUCCGGUCAGAAUAUUACAAAUGUUAUUUUACAAGGGGGAACAACUCUACCAAUAACUGUAACCUCAAAUACUAUAGCAGACGGUGGUACUCUGUUAAAUCAGUCUAGUUGUGCAUGUAGUUUGAAAGCUAUGGUUAUGUGUCAAAAGUGUGGUGCCUUUUGUCAUGACGAUUGUAUAGGUCCUUCGAAACUGUGUGUUACUUGCCUUAUUACAACGUAAAAAACUGUAGUUUAUUUUUGCCUAAAUGUAUUAACUUGAAAUAGAAAUCAAGAAGAAAAAGCAAUCUUGUAAUUAAUUCUAUUUAUUUAUUUUCAUGUUUAUUACUUGGAUGUACAAUGUAAAUUAAUUUAGUCACUAUUUGCUUCAAAGCGAUAAGCUCUGGGGUUUUAGAUUAUGGAAUGUGAUGUAUACAUCUAUUCAAAUUAUAACAUCUACUGAUGUAAAUAAUUGAAUUCAGGUAGAUUUGGCAUUCCAUAGACUUAAGCCCCCAGCCCAUAUCCCUGUGAUACAAACAGUAUUUUAGAUUUAGUAAAUUGUAAUAUUAAUACUAAUAGUGUAAGAAAGUUGGUAGUUAUUGAUAGUUAUAACUGGGUUUAUAUUUUCUAAAAGUCAUUUAUUUUAGUAUCUUUAACCUUUAAUCAAAAGCAAAAUAUUAUCUCGAAUUUAUGAAACUAUUAAAAGCUCAGUUUAAAAAGUUUAGUAAAAAAACUACAUUAUACAGUAGACUUAAUUUGUUUUUUACACAUAUUAAUAAUAAUAAUGGUAAGUGAUAAAAUUUUCUAACACAGAUUUCAGAAAUGAAACCUAAAAGAUUCAAAUAUGGUAAUAGUAAAGUGCAUGAGAUUAAAUUAUAAAUUAGUGCAUGUUUUAAAUUUUAAAAUGUCAUCAAAUUAAUUUAACAUGGUUAUUUAAAUUACUUUGUAUAGGUGGGUUUUGUUUUACCUUGUCAUAGUAUGACUUUCAUGACAAGGGACUGUUUGAAAUUUUUUUUUUUUUUUUAACUCUGUAGCCCAAACCUGAAAUCUCUUAGCUAUCGUACCAUUAGUUUCUGUAGUAAAUUAUCCUAACAACUGAAAUCUAUUGGUUACCAUUGGUUACUAUACUACUAAGUUAUCACAAUAACUGAAAUAUUUUAGUUGUCAUUGGUUGCUAUUGCUUGUUAUCAUAACAAUUGAAAUAUCUUAGUUACUAUACUAAGUUAUCCUAACAAUUGAACUAUUACUAUUGGUUACUAUAGCAAUUUAGCAUAACAAGUGAAAUAUCUUAGUUACCAUUGGUUACCAAUUACCAUACUAAGUUAUCCUAACAACUGAAAUAUAUUAGUUACUGUUGGUGACUAUACUAUGUUAUCCUAAAAACUGAAAUCUCUUACUUAUCAUUGGUUACUAUAGUAAGUUAGCAUAACAACUGAACGGUUAUAGUAAGCAUUGGUUACUAUAGUAAGUUAUCAUUCUUAGAGAUUUAUAUAUCUGAAUAAAGCCCUAGACAUCUUGGUAUAACCAUGAUGUGUAUUACAUAUCAUUACUACACACAACCUCAAAUAGCUACAUGGCUGAAAGAUCACGGUAACUGGGUUAUUACACAUAUUUUGGCCUCUUAAAUUCAUUGUCGUGUGGAUCCCCAAGUAAUCAAAAGUGAACAUAUAACAGUACAUGUAAAUGUUUUUUGCCAAUUAGAUAUACUGUAUGUCCAAGUAAAUCAUUUUGCCAGGUUGUAAGAAUAUUUUAGUAAACAAAUUGUGAAACAUAUAUUAUAUCAAAUGUAAGUCUUAUGAUAAUGACUGAUAAUAAAGAGUGUGUGAUUGUGACUCAGGAUCUAUAUUAUAUAUUAAUAUGCACAGUUACCAUUUGACUUUCAGAAGAGGUGCUGUUUAUUGUGUUAGAAUAUAUCUACCAAGGGGAGUAACAAAACUUUUAGAAUUCAUAAUAAAUAACAUCUUGUUUUUAGAGUUAAAUAAGAUUUUCCGACAAUUAAUAUGAUACGGUACAUUCAAGACUUUAUUUUCUAAACAUUACAAUAAUACUGUAUGGUCUAGUCUUUGUUGUUCUAGUUCAAAUUGUCAGGACUAAAUACACAUAUUGUCCAACAAAAGGUGAUGUACAUUCUACAAUUGGUUGAGAAGGAAAAUAUUCAUCUUUCAUUUGAAGUAUACAUAAUACGGUAAAACUGGUCGAUUGAGGCAAAAGUCAUUGCAUGAACUGUAUGCAUAGUGUAUACACAGAUAGCCAGAAGAAUUCUAUACACACAGAGUACUAUCAACUUUUAGAAUAGAUCUCUGUCCUGAAUCGCUGCCAUAUUGAAAAAAAAAAAUAGUGUUCUUAUAAUUUAUGCAGUUCUAAAAGGUUCAUACACUAAAUAAACUAGUUCAAUUUCAUUACAUAUGAAAGUUGAAAUAAUUAAUCUCAACAUUUUCAAAGUAUGCUAAGCGUUUUCUACUAAAAUCGUUGAAAUGAGAAUUUAAAUGUCGGUCAACUAGCUUUGUGUCUAUUCUCAGUUUAAGUUUUGUGUGAACCGUAAGAAGACAGACACUUGAAGCAAAGACAAUUUAGACUAGGGCAAUCAAGACAAUAUAUGAUCAACCCGAAUAUUUCAAUUGAAGAGACUUGGUACAAAUUACUGUAUAAUACAUCAUAUUUUAAAUAACAGGUACUCCUGAUUUUCUACUUAAAAGGGGAACGGAGAAUUAAACCUUGGGGUGAAUGGGAUGGGGCUUAGAGAUAGAAUCUGGUCAUUCCUUGUGUAUAAGAUAGAUAUACAUAAGAAGAUGUAAAUAAUAUGUAAGUAAAUGUGUAUAUCUAAUUGAAGUAGUUUCAUGUUUCAUAUUCAUUAUUUAUAGUUGAAUAAUCAUACAGCCUAUUAUCAUCAGUGUAUAUAGUAGAGAGUAAUGGAGAGGAUAUUUUUAUCUCUAUGAUUGUUUGUCAAACUUGUAUAUAGUUUCUGUUUAUCUUCAUUAAAAUAACAGAUUGUCAUCUAUUGACCAAGUCUGUUGGUGUAAAGAGAAUAAAAUUUUAUAGCAUCAA